AUGUGUUCUAUCCAAUCUCAUUUGACAACGGAAAAUUAUGAUUGUUUUAAAGUGGAUAGUACAUUCUACUGUCGACGACCGACACAUAUUUCUACUAACGUAGUUCUUCCAGAAAAUUGCACAAAAAAUGUCGACGAAAUUUGGACAUUUUCAGAUUUAAAAGAAAAUAGUAUUACCGAGCAUACGUUAUUAAAAUGGUUAAUACCGGUUGAUAUUGUUCAAAGUUAUACACAAUAUAUCUAUUAUUCUGGAUCUGAUGGCUUUAUUUGUAAUUGUUCAAAAGGCUAUUUUGGCUCAAUCUGUCAAUAUAAACUUUCGACGGCAGAAUCACCGAAAGCACUUGUAGAGCAACAGCUGAGAGUACAGCCGGCUUUUAGAUAUCACUCAAUACCAAUAUGUUAUGCAGAUAUCACGUGCAAUACAGGCAUGGUAUGUUUAGAAUGGCGUAAUAUAUGUGACGGAAUAGUGCAAUGUGAUGAUUAUGCUGACGAAAAAAAUUGUUAUUUAUUAAAAGAAAACCAAUGUGAAUUAGAUGAAUUUCGAUGCAGAAAUGGCAUGUGUAUACCAGAUGAGUUUGUUUUCGACGGACAAUUCGACUGUAUGGACUUGUCAGAUGAACAAAAAAACAAAAAGAUGCUUGAAAUUUAUGAAAAAUGUGAUACAAUACCAAAUAUUGAUUGUGAUGAACGAUUUUGUAAUAAAGAUGAGUUUUCUUGUGGAAAUGGACAGUGUAUACAAUGGCUUGAUUCAAUCAAUGAAAAAAGUUGCGGGAACUAUCAACGAACGGUACUUGUUUGUCAUAUUUACACGAAACAACGUUCGACAGUGCAACUUCAAUUAAUGAAUGCCACAAAGCUUUAA